CGUCUGUAGCACUGGGUGUAGUAGGUCUGUAGCACUGGGUGUAGUAGGUCUGUAGCACUGGGUGUAGUAGGUCUGUAGCACUGGGUGUAGUAGGUCUGUAGCACUGGGUGUGAUAUGUGGGGGGUUACUUAGAGGACCUGGCACACAUGUAUUGGGGGCAGGGGCCCCAUUCCUCUCAGAGCUUACCCUCGCCCGCUCCGAGGUGCGGCUAUAAUCCGGGUGUGUUACGGGCACUGUGCCUAGACUAUCAGAUCAGACGGAGGCACUGCUGGGGAGAGCAGGAGGCGACCACACCAUGAGUAAGACCUCAGCUGGAUGCAGACGCUGUGGACCAGGAUUCAGAUCCCCCUCGGAAGCCAUGAAAGGUCCACCAGAGGAGAUCAUGUAUGUGCCGUGUGUCUAUCGCUGCACCGGGAUUAAGCAGCCGGACUACUUGGCCACUGUGGAUGUAAGCCCCGAGUCUCUGCAGUACUGCCAGGUCAUUCACCGUCUGCCGAUGCCCCACCUGGACGAUGAGCUGCACCACUCGGGCUGGAACACCUGCAGCAGUUGCUUUGGGGACCCUUCUAAAGUGAGGAACAAGCUGAUCUUGCCCUGUCUCAUAUCCUCCAGGGUCUACGUGGUAGAUGUGGGCACUGACCCACGAGCCCCUUGUCUGCACAAGGUUGUGGAAGCUGAAGAUGUGAAGAAGAAGUGCGGCCUGGGGAACCUGCACACCUCGCACUGCCUGGGCUGCGGGGAGAUCAUGAUCAGUGCUAUGGGAGACCCUGAAGGGAAUGGCAAAGGAGGCUUUGUUUUGCUGGAUGGCGAGACGUUCGAAGUGAAGGGGAACUGGGAGGCAGAAGGACAAGCGGCACCAUUCGGCUACGACUUCUGGUACCAACCGCGGCACAACGUCAUGAUCAGCACCGAGUGGGGAGCCCCAAGGGUGUUUAGUAAAGGCUUCAGAAUUGAAGAUGUCCAAGCUGGACACUACGGCCGCCGGUUACAUGUAUGGGACUGGACCAAGCACACCCGUAUACAGAGCCUGGAUCUCGGGGAGGACGGACAAGUACCUCUUGGUAUCCGGUUCUUACAUAAUCCAGAUUCGGACCAGGCCUUGAUGUGUUGUGCUCUCAGCAGUUCAGUACUUCGGAUUUAUAAGACAGAGGGUGGACAGUGGAAGACCGAGAAGGUCAUCCAGGUCAGAAGUAAGAAGGUGGAAGGAUGGAUAUUACCGGAAAUGCCAGGGUUCAUCUCAGACAUUGUGAUUUCACUGGAUGAUCGCUUCCUCUACUUCAACAACUGGCUUCAUGGAGACGUCAGGCAGUACGACAUCACCAACAUCCGUCACCCCAGAAUGGUGGGACAGGUAUUUAUAGGGGGCUGCAUUGUGAAGGGGGGUCCAGUGACCGUUGUGGAAGACAAUGAGCUGCACGCCCCACCGGAUCCAUUACUUAUAAAGGGGAGGAGGGUCCCCGGGGGCCCCCAGAUGAUCCAGCUCAGCCUGGACGGGAGGAGGCUCUAUGUGACCACGUCUCUGUACAGCGCCUGGGACAAGCAGUUCUACCCCGACAUGAUCCGGGACGGCUGUGUCAUGCUGCGGGUCGAUGUGGACACCGCGGACGGCGGGCUCAAGGUGAACCCUGAUUUCCUGGUAGAUUUUGUGAAGGAGCCACAUGGGCCGGUGCUUGUCCAUGAGCCCAGGUACCCUGGAGGAGACUGCACCUCCGACAUCUGGGUGUAGCGGCCGAUGACGGGUCACUGCUUCUAAUUAGGAGGAGCCUAGUGCCAGAUACUCUACUGAGGGGCCCUCAGUCUACUCGUGGGGGCCCGGUGGGAUUACAUCCAAUAAAAUACGAGGCUGAAGUCGCUUUCUUAUUUCUCGUUUUUUCCACCCUACCUUCCAACAGCCAUAACUUUUGCGGUUUUCUGUUCCGACGUCCGGACCACAUCGAUGA